UCGAACGUGGAAGCGGUGCAGGUCCGUGCAGGUCCGGAGGCAUCAGAUACUCGUCAUGGCCGACGUCGCCGCAGCAGCCGCCACCCCGGUGAAGAAGGGCCGCAAGCCCAAGGAGGGAGGCGCCAAGAAGAAGGCGGCCAAGUCUUCUCGUCCUCCCACCCUGACGCUAAUCACCAAAGCCAUCAACGCCGAGAAGGAUCCGAAGGGGACAUCGGUGAUGGCCAUCAAGAAGUACAUCUUGGCCAACCAUAAGGUGAAGUCGUCCGUCAUGCUGAACCACAUGCUGCGGCGUGCCUUCGAAGCGGGCCUGAAAGCCGGCAAGUUUAGCCGCCCGAAGGGUCAGGGCGAGUCACACCUGCUCGCCGGCCGCUACCGCCUCGCCACGAAGGAGAAGAAGUCCGCGGCCGCUGUCAAGCCCAAGAAGCCCAAGUCGCCCAAGAAGGCGGCUGUCAAGAAGCCCAAGGCCAAGACGCCUAAGAAGAAGCCCGCGGCAGCAAAGAAGGCCAAGUCGCCGAAGAAGGUAAAGAAGUCGCCCAAGAAGCCGGCCGCCAAGAAGACGGCGGCGAAGAAGAAGACCCCCAAGAAGGCGGCAAAGAAGGCAUAGGCAGUGCCAGCGCGGCAGCCUGAGGCUGAGUGUACAAACUGCACUGUACUUUAUCAUCGUCGCUCCGUGGCGUUGGCGUAUUUUAAUGCUUUACCGGCGGGCGGCGCGCACGAGUGCCCCGGCAGGGAUCUCACAUGUUGUUGAUACUCGGAGCAGAGUAUAUAUGCAUCAACGCUGGACCUAGUUUUAGGGUCGUCGCAUUGAACAAAUACACGUAUAAGCCAAUGUG